CUGCCAUAAAUCCCACUGAAGAAGAAGAAGAAGAAGCAGAAGCAGAAGCUCGCCAAGCAGAAAUUGAUAGCAUAAAAUGAUACUUGCAGCUUCCUAAAUGCACAUGUACAAUGGAAUCUCCCGAUGUGACAUUCACUUUGGCUUAUAUAGUGUUUACGUUUUGUUUCGUGUUCACCCCAAACGAGUUUCGGUCGGCGGGUUUGACCGUCCAGAACCUGUUCUCCUCCUGGCUGGGCAGUGAGGACAUUGGCUUCAUUCAGUACCACGUUAAGAGGAGCAGUCUUACCCUUCUGGUCCAUUCUUCAAUACCCCUUGGGUACUAUGCUGGGAUGUGCAUAGCUGCUCCAGAGAAGAACCUCCCAUACAUCAAUCAGGUGAGCGCCGGCUGGCAGGCCUUCCUCGGCCUGUCGCUCUGUCUGCAGCUGCUAAGCGUGGGGCUGAUCUUCUACUGGUCGCGCCGCCGCUGGUCCAACCAUCCAAUCAGCAGGGCUCUGCAGGUCCACACUGGUCCCCAGUGGGCGGGAUGGGGUGCCGUGGCAACAAGCAUCAACACAGAGUUCAGAAGGAUUGACAAGUUUGCCUCGGGAGCUCCCGGAGCAAGGGUCAUUGUGACGGACACCUGGGUGAUGAAGGUGACAACAUAUUACGUCCAUGUGGCCCAACAGACCGACACCCACCUCACGGUGACGGAGUCCAGACAGCACCAGAUGAGCCCAGAUUCAGGGACCCCCACUCAGACCCUGACCCUUAGAGUGGCCAGCAUCAACCAAGCUGUGAAUCCGUUUGAUAUCAGGUUGAUGUCCACAGAGUACAGCGAGCUGAGGGAGAAGCUGCACGCUCCGAUCAGAAGUGCUGCCAACGUAGUGAUACACCAGACCAUCAGCGACCGCUUCUUAGACACCUUCAGAGCUCAGGCUGACCUCAACCAGCCCUACCUGCUCCCCAGUGAGAUGGAGGUAGAGCUCUGUAUUGGCUGUAUGCAGGUCCCUGCUGGAGCUAAGCUGAUCAGGCUCUGCUGUGAAGAAGGUUAUGACAGCGGCUCUGAGUGCCGGCAGUGCUUCUGCAGACCCAUGUGGUGCCUGUCCUGUCUGGGCCGCUGGUUCUCCAGCCGCCAGGACCAGGACCGGCCGGAAACCUGGCUGGCCAGCAGCGUGCCAUGCCCCACCUGCAGGUCCAAGUUCUGCAUCCUUGAUGUGUGUCUGGUCCGCUGACCCAGCCCCCUGCUGAGCGGGGAGGGGCCGCUCACCUGUUCAGCUCCCAGCUGAGAGAGGGGAGGGGCCGCUCACCAGCUCAGCCCCCCGCUGAGAGAGGGGAGGGGCCGCUCACCUGCAGACGUGUUGGUUGUGGAUGUUUUAUGCAUUUUCUCUUCACCGAAUGGAACUUAAACAGUGGAGCUUCAAAAUGGUUUCUAGAAAACUAAACAUUGAGCUCUACAAUAAGUACUGUAGUACUGCACAGUAGUGUACUGUAGUACUAUACAGCUUGGUGUGUAUUAUCUCUAUAUAACCAUUUGUGGAGAGAUGAGUACAUGAAAUAUAAUUGCAAUCAUUAUUUAUGUGUCUACAAUUGUAUAUUCACAAUGUUUAGACUUUAUAUACAGUGUUAUUUUGAUACGGUUCAAUGCAUGGCUGAACAAUGCUCAAUGCAGGGGAUACAAUUAAAUUAAAACCUGAUUCUGUUAUUUGUAUUGGAUGCAUCUUUUUAUGUACAUUAAAACAAUGCUUCAGAAUGGAGAA